AUGACCAAAGACAGGCUGGCCGCUUUGAAAGCGGCCCAAGUCGAUGACGACGAUGUCGCCAUUGGCAUGGAGGAGAAGGGUGGCUACAUGGAGGAGUUCUUCACGGAGGUGGAGCAAAUUCGAGAGAACAUCGAAAAGAUGCAAACGAACGUGGAGGAGGUUAAAAAGAUACACUCCGCAAUUCUCAGCGCACCUCAGACCGAUGACAAGGUCAAGCAGCAACUGGAAGAUCUCAUGGCCGACAUCAAGCGGACAGCGAACAGAGUGAGGGGAAAGCUGAAGGUUAUGGAGCAAAACAUUGAACAGCUCGAACAGACGUCAAUGAUGAGUGCCGACUUUCGUAUUCGCAAGACACAACACUCGAUGCUCUCGCAGAAGUUUGUCGAGGUGAUGACUGACUACAAUAAGACGCAAACCGAUUACAGAGAAAGGUGCAAAGCAAGAAUACAGCGUCAAUUGGAGAUCACUGGAAGGUCGACGACAAAUGAAGAACUCGAAGAGAUGCUUGAAAGCGGGAAUCCUGCAAUAUUCACUCAAGGGAUUAUGACUGACACCCAGCAAGCAAAGCAAACGCUUGCGGACAUUGAAGCCCGUCACGCUGAUAUCAUCAAACUUGAAAACUCCAUUCGAGAGCUGCACGACAUGUUCAUGGACAUGGCCAUGCUGGUCGAAUCGCAGGGAGAAAUGAUUGACCGGAUUGAGUUUCACGUAUCCAGUGCACUGGAGUACGUCGAAGAGGCGGUGAAGGACACGAAGAAGGCAAUGGAGUACCAGAGGAAGGCACGAAGGAAACAAAUUAUGAUACUCAUCUGUCUGCUUAUCAUUGGCUUUAUCCUAGUCUCCAUAGUGCUCAGCAUGUUCUGA